GAUAGGGAAGCAUGCACACUAUCUCUGCAGAAGAAGCAAAACUCAUGCAUGUUCAGUUGCUCAAGCACUUGAAUGCAUCAAACCAUGACAAAUAGGCUCUGUCAAAUGAAUAUCUCAGUGAUUCAUCUGCUGCUGUUCCUGUUCCUUGGACCAUUUUGUUCACCUGCACCACGACUCUCGAAAAAGGAGGAAUGCCUCUUAGAAAACAGCAAACUACAGAAGAAGUUGAAAAUGCUUCAAGAUUUAUACCAGUUAUAUGAAUUUCAGUUGAAAGACCUGCUGGGGAACAACUAUCACAGAAGAAAAAGCAAAGUUUUCUCUGCCAGGAAGACAGCAUCUCUGGAUAUGUAUUUGCCCACAACUAGUGGAAGUCUCUUAGUCUAUGAUCAAGAUUGUGCAAUGCUGUUUAAUAGAGGAAGAAGAGAAAGCGGGUACUACAGAAUUAAACCACGACAGGACAGAGAACCUUUUCUUGUGUACUGUGAUAUGUCAGAUGGAGGAGGGUGGACGGUAAUUCAACGGCGGUGCAACGGCAAAGAAAAUUUCUACCGAGAAUGGCUUGAUUACAAAGAAGGAUUUGGACAAUUACAGGGCAAGGAUGAUGAAUAUUGGCUUGGUAAUGAUAAGAUUUAUGAUCUUCUUUUCAAUGGAGGAAUUUCACUGAAAAUUGAUCUAAUGGACUGGCAAGGAGAGAGACGAUAUGCAAUUUAUGAUGAUUUCCAGAUCAGGAAUGAGACAAACAAUUACAUACUAUGGUUUGGCAUUUAUUCCGGGACUGCUGGGAAUGCUUUGUCUGGGGGGAGCAACUUUGAGAGCCAAUGGUCUGCAUCACUCAACGGCAUGCCCUUCUCUGCUCCUGAUCGGGACCACGACAGGUUCCUAACAGGCAACUGUGCAGAAGAGAACAAAUGCGGCUGGUGGUUUAACAGGUGCCAUGCAGCAAAUCUUAAUGGACUAUAUUACAAGAAGGGGACAUACUCCGGUCCCUUUGAUAAUGGAGUGGUUUGGUCAACGUGGCGAGGCUUGUGGUAUUCCCUGAAAUACACAGCUAUGAAAAUCAGGUUCCAGUCCUUUCUGGAUGGAGAGAGUGGAAAUGGUGAAAUCAACUGAGAUCUUUUCAGGCACAUUUGAGAAAGAGAAGCAGGCAUGCCAAAAUUAUUGUAUAUGUGGUCCUUGGCUUGAGACUUAGCACACUGAAAAAAUCUUAUAGUAAGGAGUAUGCCACAGUGAGGAAGAAAAUUAGAUUUUGCUUUGGAUUACCAAUCAUUGCAUUAUUCCUGUAUCCAGU